AUGGCACGGGACCCUGCAGUCGCGGCUGCGGCCAUGGCCGCUUAUCAAAAAGACGGUUCCGGCCCGCUGGGUAUGGUGCCACUCGUGUCUGCGUUCAUGCCGUGCCUAGACUUCCCUCCGGACGAACGUGCGCAGCUGCUCCAUAUUAUCGACAUCCAUAACGGCGGUGACAUCUCCUCCGGCCAGAAGAAGCAGUUCGAUGCUCUACGGCAGAUCUUGCAAGAUCCAAACGAACCUGCAGCUCACUUCUGCCUAGAGAAGGGGCCCAGCCCCAAGGGAAUCUUCGGGCUGGGACACCCUGGCUUCUUCGUCAGCAUUGUCUCUCUCCUCACUUAUCCCUUCUCUCGAGGCUCAGUGCACCUAAAGUCAAAUGACCCAACGGGGUCACCCAUAAUUAACAGUGGCAUUCUCCGCCAUCCCGUCGACCUAGAGCUUCAGGCGCGCCAUUCCAUUUGGAUGGAAAAGAUUGCCGAGACGGACCCAAUGGCUUCGCUUCUCAAGACUGUUGGCGCGCGUUUGCAUACUGCGGAGAGGCUUACUGAUGUGCACAAGGCCAAAGAGCUCUGCAAGGAACUCGUGCUGUCCAUGAUCCAUCUCAGCGGGACGUGCGCAAUGUUGCCGCCCAAGGACGGUGGCGUGGUGGACUCGAAACUUAGGGUCUAUGGGACUUCGAAUGUCAGGGUUGUUGACGCCAGCUUGUUUCCAUUGGAGCCGCGGGGGACUAUCCAGGCGACGGUAUUUGCUGUGGCGGAAAAGGCGGCUGAUAUCAUCAAGCAGAAUGCAUGA